AUGCCUAGCCCUCCAACAAUCUCAGUGAGCCUUUCCAUUGAUCCGCCGACAUUCACCAGAGGCUCUGUAUCACCCCCCAGCGCCAUUAUCUCUAUCACUGCAAUCCUACACGCUUCCGACCCUAUCACUAUAUUCACAUGGCAUAACAUCUUCAAUCUUGGACUUGCCCAGCGUCGCAAAAACUUCAUCUGUACAGGUCUCACGACUGGUUUGCCGCUACAGCUCGAGUCUACUAAAGGUCCAAAAAGACCACAGUUUAGUUAUGAACUCGGUGGCCGCGACGACCAGUACUUCAUUACGCUGGAGCCAGAAAAGCCUACUAUUAUCACCCACAGGUUCCUUCGAUCUGCUGGCCUUGAAGGCGACCGAGUCUUUAAGCCCGGCCACAGGUACCAACUUAAAGUUCGUGAGAAUGAGGAGGUUGAAUGGUGGCGUUAUGGAAGGAAGGAAGAUGUAAUGUCGCCCCCUGGUCAGCCUUCUCCAAAGGAAGGAUGUGAAGAUCCGAGUGGUCCGCCGGUUAGAUUAAGCCAUAUUGGUCCGGUUGAGUUUGAGAUCGAAUUAGGUGGGGGAGUAGAGGGACUGAUGAGAAUUUUGUCAAGCGACAGCAGCUAG